CCUUAUUGUGUCUAGCGUCAUACAGGUCUAUUUACGAACGGGGAAAUAACGGGGAAUUGGGAGUGAAAAAAUACCGUUUUGGAAUUACGACUUUGUGGAAAAUAUGGAGUUUCUCAUAGGAAGCCCCUUCUCUUCUCCUGUUGGACAACGAAUUGAACGAGCCACCAGCGCCGCGCUGCAUGCAGAGGACUGGGCCCUUAACAUGGAGAUAUGUGACAUCAUCAACGAGACAGACGAAGGACCCAAAGAUGCAGUCAAAGCCAUAAAGAAGAGGAUUGUUGGUAAUAAGAGCUUCAUGGAGAUCAUGUUGGCUUUGACAGUUCUGGAGGCAUGUGUAAAGAACUGUGGCCACCGGUUCCAUGUUCUAGUGGCGUCCCAGGACUUUGUGGAGGGGGUUCUGGUCCGAGCCAUCCUGCCCAAGAACAACCCUCCCACCACCCUACACGACCGGGUGCUGAGCCUCAUACAGGCGUGGGCCGAUGCGUUCCGUAGCUCUCCCUCUCUAAAAGGUGUGGUCUGUGUGUAUGAGGAUCUGAGGAGGCGGGGCCUGGAGUUCCCUAUGACCGACCUGGACGCCCUCUCCCCCAUCCACACCCCCCUCAGGAGCAUUCCAGAGAACGACUCCUCUGUUACAGUGCCAGCUCCACCACCUCAGAGUCAGACUCCCCGUGGCCCUGCUGCCUCGUCCCCUACCCAGGCUGCACUGACUGCCGUGCCCCCACAACUCAGCGAUGGACCCAUCUCUAUCUCUCCUGAACAGGCCCAGAAGCUGAGAGUUGACCUGGCUCUGGUCAGGGGGAACCUGACUGUGAUGACUGAGAUGUUGAACCAGUUGACGCCUGGACAGAGCCUGCAGGAGGACUCGGAGCUACUGCAGCAGUUGUACCAGGUGUGCAGAGAGAUGCAGAGCCGUGUGGUGGAGCUGAUCCCCAGGCUGCUGGACGAGGGCCUCAUAGAGGAGCUGCUGGUCGUCAACGAUGACUUAAACAAUGCCUUUAUCCGCUACGACCGGUUUGACAGACUCAAUAAGGCCCAGAGAACAGCUACAGAGCAGCAGACUCCUGCCAGGGCCAACCUCAUUGACCUCAGCCCUGUGCCCCAGUCCCUCAGCCAACCAGCAACCACCUCUGCGGCCGCCAGCCAACCCGCAUUCAGCGCUCCCUCCAAUCAGAGGCAGGCAGCCAACCACACCUGUCUCUGUGCGUCAGGUGCACCAGAGGAGGAUGAGUUUGACAUGUUUGCCCAGACCAGGGGCAGCUCUCUGGCCGAUCAGAGGAAGAGUAUGCGGUACGAGGACCCAGGAGCAGUGGAAGGACUGGCUGGAGCCCUGGACACCAGGUUACAGGUCACUGGAGCGAUUCCUUCGUCUAAGCCUGGCCCUAAGAACUCCACCCUGGGAGACAUUGACAGAUGGCUGUCUGCGGACACAGAAACACAACCAGAGGCUGGGGACAGGGAAGGGCUGACCAGUGAGGAGUUUGACAAGUUUCUGGAGGAAAGGGCGAAGGUGGCCGACCACAUUCCCUCAACACACAGCCUGCCCCCCGUCUCGUCCAGGCCCCCGCCUCAAUCCGCCCAGCCACAGGAGAGCUCCCAUGACCAGCUUUUCUCACUCUGAGAGAACGGCGCAUGCGCAGCACAGGUGGACUCACAGGUGGACACGUAGUCCUAGCCAACACAUAGGAUGAAUACGCACAGUGCCUUGCUACCUCUUUAAUCAUUGUGUUUCUACUAUAAAAUGAAGAUAUUUUUCAGUCUUCACUUUGUGCUGUUGCUGUAGUUAAAGUCUAUGACAUGAUGACAAGCGGUUAUGUUGUGGUGGCACUUUACCUUAUCAAUGUGUAUAUAUAUAUCACCUGAGUAUGCGUGCUUGGUUACACACACUGCGUGGUGGUAUUUUUUUUAUUGAAUCUUUAUUUAACUAGGCAAGUCAGUUAAGAACAAAUUCUUAUUUUCAAUGACGGCCUACACCGGCCUAACCCGGAUACAGUCUGUAUUCUAACCAGGGUGUCUAGUGACACCUCUAGUGCUGAGAUGCAGUGCCUUAGACCGCUGCACCGGAGCCCCCUCUCUGGUAUCACAUCAUUCAAAAGCCUAUACACUGAGGGUACAAAACAUUAAGAACACCUUCCUAAUAUUGACCCCCCCAGAACAGCGGCAAUUUGUCUGGGCAUGGACUCUUCAAGGUGUUGAAAGCGUUCAACAGGGAUGCUGGCCCAUGUUGACUCCAAUGCUUCCCACAGUUGUGUUAAGUUGGGUGGUGGACCAUUGAUACACACAGGAAACUGUUGAGCAUGAAAAACCCAACAGUGUUGCAGUUCUUGACAUACUCAAACCGAUGCGCCUGGCACCUAAUACCAUACCCCAUUCAAAGGCAAUUAAAUAUUGCCAUGAGACAAUCCAUGUCUCAGUUGUCUCAAGGCUUAAAAACCCUUCUUUAACCUGUCUCCUCCCCUUCAUCUACACUGAUCUACACUGAUAAAGUGGAUUUAACAAUUGACCUCAAUAAGGGAUCAUAGCUUAGUCUGUCAUGGAAAGAGCAGGUGUUCUUAAUGUUUUGUACAGACUUGUAAAUAUACACUAUGUAGAUUUCCUGAAUACUGAGACCAGUUGAAUCAAUGCAGAAAGCAAUAUCAACCUUUUUUAAUAGAGAUUCACACUUAAUUCUAAUUCUGAAGUUUGAUAGUGCAGUAUAUGAACUGUGAACUGUAUAAUAUAUAUAUAUAUAUGAAGCCUAGUAUUAUGAAUGAAAAUAAAAUAUUGAUAUUUGAAAACGAUAGUACAGUAUUAUUAUUUAUUAUAGUGAAACCUCAGUCUUGAUACAGUAUGUUGUUGUGGCUUUGACCAUGAAGAGGUGAUUCCAGUAACCGUAAAUGAAAGGGGCUCUUGUCCUGACAAACAUAUUUGGUCUGGGCUGCCAGUUUGUUAUGUUUCAGUCUCUGAGAUUCCGGGUGAGCCACAUGCUGCAGAUACUAGUUAUGUUUGACGUAGCGGGAACUUGUGUGAUUAUGACCUCUCCUGACCACAGGGUUUCUCUACUGUUCCUAGUAGCCUACUGGAGCUACAUACAUGGGAUGGUAUGAGGAAUUAUCAACUGUUUCCAGUACUGUAAGGCCGUUGUGAUAAAAUGAAGGUCAACAACUCACGCCUUUCCACCACGCUUCUCACCACUACAAACCAUCCCCACUAGCGUUGUCUCUCUCCUUUCCUGCUGUGGUGUUUCAGCACGAGGUCUUUGACUGAGUGAUCAUACCAGAGAGACUGUGUGGACAGUAUCCACCCUGUAUCACCCUGUUCAGGUGAUAAAAGAGACUCCUCCCAGCUCCUACUUUAUUGACAUCAGCUCUAUUUGUGUAUUAUUGUGUCCUUGUUCAAGGAUGUGUGCACUGAUACACUGACUGUGUGGGUUCAUGAAGACUCCAAAACAACCAUGUAUUAUGAGAGGAAGACGGAGAAACCACAUUAGACUUGCUAGUGGAGAGGAGCCAGUGAAGUGGGACUGUCCUUUGUACCUAUUGAGUCAAUGCCCUAGGCCUACUACAACUGUGCUUGACUUCACUUUAGACAUCCAUUCUUUGGAAAAUGGAUGUAUUGAUAAAUUCGUUAAGGAGCGUUUUACUGUGCUGGACAUAUCUGGUUGUCUUUCUCACCAGCUCAACUUUAAUGAUUCCCAACCAGGAGCAGGUGCGCAGUGAAACCCCUAUGGGACAAAAGGACACAGAUUUCGAUGAUGUAUCCUUUCUACGGACCAGAUCAAGUAGUUUCGUAUCUUCCUCGCAGCUGAUUCGGCCAUAUUCACUCUCGAUGAAUGAGGAGGAUUACCAUUACGCUCCGAAACCCAAACACCUGCGGCACAACCGGCUCCUGCGCAUUUUGGGCUCGUCUUUUGAUCCGUUCUGGAUGUCCAUAGAACGCCCAGUCGAAGCAAGGGUCGACACCGAUGCGUCUGGUGGUCAAACUGCGUCUCGUGGUGACCCGCCCGCUUUAUCAAACUACACCACCAACGAGGGGUUCAACUUCGACGCGUCUCCAGAGCUGACAGAGGGUGCAGCGCGCUACCAACGAAAACUACAAAACGACGCAGAGGAUUUGGACUUGAGUGAACUUCCUGCAGUCGUUGCCAGCACUCUGCGUGACUGGCUGGUCCGCUCGGCCACCUGUGGAAUGCGCUACCAGUGGGUAAAAUUAGCUCCAGUGUUCUGGCCCCGCUGGUUGCGCCACACCGAUUGCGAAAAAUCUGGUGGCUCGCGGAGUUGCUCUUUCCCCAGUGGGAUGGCAUGCCGGCAGGCCCAAACCACACAGAUAAAGAUACUGGCCUGGCACUGCUGGAGCAGCGAAGAGAGAGGCGGGGAUGGGUUAAGAGAGAUGGCCGGGAUCGACAGGGGGACUGUGGUGAUGGGGACAGGUGUUGCAAGCAGAAAGUGUUUGUGGAGGCAGGUACAUUAUCCUGUGGUCACAGCGUGUAAAUGUUCAUGCAAAUAGUUUUAUUUGAUCGCUGUUAAUCACGAACAUGUAACCUAUUUGGGGUUGGCCUACAUUCAGGAGAUAAUUUAUUUGAACAUCUGAUUGUCAAUGUAGGCUUACGACAAUUUGUUUUGCAAUUGAUUAUCAAGUAUUGUUUGUCCAGCCUUAAAUAAAUAUACCUGUAUACAAUUAAUUCAAUUGGGUUUCGUAAUCAACUUGUUUUCAUUAGUAUGAAAUGAAGCUAUUGGACGAAAAUUGAAUAAACUGAAUGUUUCCAACCAAUGUGUUUUAAUGUGGGGUUUUUGGGUGGACUUUUUUAUUAGAUUUCACAUUUUGUAGCGUUUUUCUAUUUCUGUUACACAGGAUAGCCUACUGUGACGAAAAGAGAUGAAGAUACAACACUGUCCUUCUGCACUGAAUUUAUUUAAUUUGUCAACGCGCGCCAUCUAGUGGUAAUGUCAUAAUACAAAUGGGUCAAUGUCGAUUUUUGCGUAAAUUAGUGGACUCUAAUUUUGAGUUUCAAAUGCAAUUUACACCGCUUGUGUUGCUUGUAUUUCUCGAUGUAUAGGUCUUAUUUGUGAUUGCGCCGUUUUCAGCCCAGUUAUUGCCGGGCGAGAAAGCUUGUGUAACUGUUUUUACUGGUCUCCUGGUUACACCUUGGAUGAAAUAUGGAUGAUUCUUCAUCCAUCCAAGGGUAUUCUUGGGUAGUGUUACCUUGAUUAGUAUUGAAUUAAUGCUGCUACAGUAGCCAGCUACAUCCAUGUGUUCAAAUGAAUUGCCUGUUAGCUCUCUGCUCACUGGUCUUACAGAGAAAGCUCACCCGACUCUUCAGGAGCAAGGCAUACUGCCAAACUACAUCACUGUCAAUCACAUGAGAAAGCCUUCCUGAAGAAGUGAGCGAAACCUCAAGUUUCACCGACUCUAGUACAGUAUGAUGCACACACAUACAUAUAUAGACCGAUGGAUAGAUAGGCCCACAGGGAUAGACAUCGAAACAAGAGUGAUUGAUACAAGUUGUAUGUCUUGUGUAUAAAUAGCAGAAUGGAGAGACAUCCAUGUCAUUGAGCUGUUGAAUAAAUACUGUAUAUAGAUAAAGCUGUGAUAGUCUGAACAAAAUUACAAUUUCAACUACGCUGAACAAAAAUAGAAAUGCAACAUGUAAAGUGUUGGUUCCAUGUUUCAUGAGCUGAAAUAAAUAUCCCUGACAUUUUUAAUACGCACAAAAAUAUUUUCUCAAAAAUGUUGUGCACACAUUUGUUAGUGAACAUUUUUCCUUUUCCGAGCUCUGUUCACAGGAACCAGAAUCCCUCUUAAUGGAGGGAUGGAGGUGGAAAAGGGGGAGAAGUACAAGUUCUGCAGACUGUUUGGCUGUAAAAUAAAAACUGCAAUGGAGAAACGGAUGGAGGAUUGUGAAAAGUAUUGUCUCAGGUGCGGAAUUGUGUCUGUCAUAGUCUGAUACAGUACAUGCUUCAUGUGUCUUUGUUUUACUGUUCUGCCUAAGUUAUGUUUUCAUGUUAUGAUUGUUAAUAUUAACACAUUAGAUGACAAUAUGUUAAAACAUUUGAUAGAAUAUAAAAUCGGAUUUAAAAAGAUUACUUUCUAGAUAACGCUUGUCAUAAUUCUCAAAUGAGUCAAAUGCAUCAGCCUCUGUAGGUCAAGAAUAGGCCUACAUACAAACACAAUGGGUCAUUAGUUGAGUUAUUCUACCUUAAAUAUAUGUCCAUAUUUGCCUCUGCUUCUUCAUAUACAUGAAACUCAAGGUCAAAGCUCUUAGGUGUUCUCUAUUGACCUGGAACCAUAUCUCAACAGUAGAGGAAGUGUGUGUUAUCCGGUUUGCUCUGUAUGUUGCAGAGGAAAGCCACAUCACGUGGCCAGAGUACUCACUCAGGAAAUAACUCGAUCUGUAACUGCAUCUAAAAUAGGAAGUGGUAGCAGUGUUGCCGUGCAAGGAUUUCUCUUCUGUUUCCUCUGUCUUUUGGUUCAUUCUAAUAUGAUGUCAACAUGAUUCAUUUGUAUCAAAAUGUCACAAUUAUUCACAUUAUUUCCAUUUUUUUUAUCAACUGUUUCAAAAUAAAUCUUAUUGUUAUCUGUUUUAACAAAUAUUUUCUGAUUUUUAAAAAACAUUAUUCACGUUGGCCUAUAUGUUAAUGCCAGCUGAUGAACUGAACCACUAGCGUUACAAGGAAGUGUUAACGUGCACAUCUGUCUGCUUCUACCCAUGUUGUGCUGUUAGCUAUUGGAAACGGAGAAUUAUCAAAAUAACAUAAAUCUAAAGAACAGAGCGUGAGAGGUAACCUCUGAGAGACGACAUAAAAACAAAGUUUACUCACCUGUGCAAUGGCGAGUGAACGCUCCCCAAAUGUUUAUGGGGGUCCUCCUCCCCAGUCAGAUCUUAGACUCCUACUGCUUGGGAGAGUAGGAGCUGGGAAGAGUACAGUAGCCAAAACCAUCCUGGGCAGAGAGAACUUCCGGAGUGAAGGAGGCAUGUGUGUGAAGAAGCAGGGUGAGGUGGCUGGAAGGACUGUCACCGUGGUGGACACCCCGGGCUGGAACACUGUGAAAUACACGUCCACACAUAUCAAACAAGAAAUUAAGAAUAGUGUGACCCUAUGUCCUCCAGGACCCCAUGCUCUUCUUCUGGUGGUGCCCAUGGGCGACCCGCUCUCCUCCGCAGAAAGAAAGGCGAUUCGGUAUCACAUGGAGCUAUUGUCAGUUAGGGCAUGGAAGUUUACCAUGGUCUUGUUUGUCAGUGAGGCUGAGGAGAAAUGCACAUCCAUUGAACAGAAUCAGAUGAUCGACAGAGCAAAGACUAUUCUAGCGAAAUGUGGGGACAGACACCAUCUCAUUGAGUGUGGGAAUUCUCCUCCCCAGAUUUCUGAGCUCCUGAUAAAGAUAGACGCCAUGGUAGCAGAAAACUGUGAAGAAUUCUUAAUCCCCCAAGUAUACUAUGAACUGAUGGAGAACAUGCCAAGGGAAGUGACCGAGCUGAGAAGGAUGUAUGAAGACCGAGAGGACAGACUGAAACAGAAAUACAAAAUGGAGUUGAAUGAAAAGGAAGAAGAGCUGAAGAAGUAUAGAGAAGAAGAGAAACCUAAAGAAAGGUUGAUGAAGAGGACAAGUAGCAGUCAACUACUUCCCCCCAGUAUAAGCACAGAGAAGCAGGACGGGUCGGUAAUGGCUGACCAUCAGAAGGUGGACCUACAGGCCGUCAAGCAAGGAUACAGGGAAGAGGCCUUGUCUGUGGUGGGCCACUACGUCAAACCACUAAUAGUGAUUAUGACUGCUGUAGUGGGGGCACUCGUGGGAGCAGUUGCAGGUGCAGAACAUGGAACACUUGGCGCAUGUAUUGGGAUUCCUAUAGGCAUUAUUUUGGCUGUUCUUGUGAGUUAUGCUGUCCGUGGAGCCGCCACAGCAGCAAGGGAUAUUUCCAUCACAGUCAAAGCCGAGGGAAAUGAAAGCCAGAGGAGAGAAGAGCGAGCAGGCUUCUUCUUAGAUUCUCCAAAAUCUAAAAGAUUUGAUAAGGGUCAGUGACACACUUUUGAAUGUCAACACUUUUCUAUUGCUACAGUGUGUAGUGUAUGGACUGUGCUGUAUGGACUGUGCUGUAUGGACUGCUGUAUGGACUCUCAUGGUUCACCUGACUUGACUGGCUGACCCCAGUGAAGAGACAGGACAGAACAUACCCAGGACAUAAAAGAAAGGGUUUUUAUACAAAAUUAGGACGUUCUCCUAACAUUCACAAAAACGCACACCAUCUGUAACAACCACCUUUCCCCAAACAUUCUUGUUAUGUUUCCUGGUAAUGUAAUAACACAAUGUACCAGCAAUGUUUUUUGAACAUGCUGCAACAAAAUGUAUGCGCAACGUUCUGGGAACGUUCUUGCAACAUCAGGCGAAUGUCAUCAGCACAACAGGACUCUCUCAAAUCUCUCUGUCUCUGUCUUUGUCUGUGUAACUUAUGGUUGUUGAGAGGUUUUUAUUAUCGUGUGGGGGUGAAUGUCUGCACCCUUUGCGACCUGAUGGAUUGUGUUUAUCUGAGUCCUACUAUACUAUUAUCUGGUGUAGUCAUGUUGCCCAGUAGCUGUAGAUGUAUAUUUACAGUGACGGCCGCAGAAGAGAAGGAUGAUAGCAGACUUGAGAACUUCAGAAGACAUGAAUCAUAUUCUUCUCAGCUUUUUAAAUGAUCACUGUUCAAGGAUUUCACAGAGACACAUUUAACAUACAGCACAGUAGGCUUGAGCACGAAUGCAUAUAUUUCAGUGAAUUAAAUAAACAAAUGUGAGACGCCAUAUACUCUGUUGCAAUAAAAAAAAGUGAUACAUUGUAAGGAUGAAUUCAAAACGGUUCUGUUUUCAUAUUGUGAUUCAUUUCAAAACUGUAUCACCACAGAAAUUCCUCUGACACACAGUUUUCUCAUACUUGAUCACUCAAAAGUCUGCACUGAGGCGCUCACUAAACCAACCUUUUACAGCGCACCUCACCUUGGUACCCAGCUAACUAGGGGAUUUUUGCACUGAACAUUCUAUUCUGUAUUUAAUUCAUCUUUAACAUGAUUUAUUGAGCUAUAAAUGUUUUCUUUUUUUAUUUCUGAUAUAAAAAACAAAAACACAAAUCCUAAUAUAGAAGCCUAUGUGUCUUUGUUUGAAUGUUUCCUCUAAAUUAAAUGUUUUCAUAUUA